CUUUUCUCCCCGACAAGAUGAGAGCCACGCCCAUGCAAGCCAUGUCAGAGGGCGGCAACCGUCGCAUGCGGCUGAACGUCGUGGCAUACUUGAGCAAUGAGGUGGCGGCCAGAUUCUUGAUCGUGGUGGAUGAAGAUGCCGGAAUCGAGGCCUUAUACACCAAGGUGCAGCAGAAACUGCAGAGGAAUGGUGUGCAAGGGACCAUCGCGGAAGUGAGAAAUAGCUUUCAGGCUUUAGUCCCCGUGGAGGAGGCCUUGGGGGAUAUUUUUCGAGACGGAGAGGAAGUGGUUGUGAUGAUCAGAGGUGAGGAUGGAGAGCUUCUUCAGGACCGAAACCGGGAGGCAUCCUUUGGCCUCCCCUUUGGCCGAAACCGGGGCGCACCAUGUCCGAGAUACGGUGAAGCGGUGCCGAUGGCGGGGCAAUUUGCGGUUCCUGUGGGGCAACCUGCUGCUCCUGCGGUUCCUCAUCAAAUAUCAAUGGGCAGGAGCUUCCAGCACCAGCCCGAGACCUCGAGUGUUUAUUAUUCUGCGCCCCCCAACCUCGAGCCGAGCUCUUUUGAUGGCCCAGAGCCACCCAGGUUUGUCCCUCUGGAGAACCGGCACGAGUUCUCGGCUCUGGCAGGUAGUAGAGACUCUGCCAGGAUCCUCCCGGUCACUGCGCACGUCUCUUUGCCUCCACAGUUUCAUCAAGACUACGACUCGGAGGAGGAGGAGCUGGAAGCAGACGAGGGGCUGGUACCACCACCAGAAGAAGAUUAUCCGCCCUUGCCUCGGCCACCUCCACCACCAUACACCGAGCCAGUGCCAGGGCCUGUGGAGGAAUUUGAGAUGGAACGAAUGCCGUACGAGAGUCUGAAGGUGGAUCAUCCCUGUGAUCCCGUGCAGAUGACCUGCUACGACGAUGGCUGGCUGGUGGAGCAUCUCACACCCAGGCUGCGAGACUUCAUCAUCUCACACUUUAAGCCGGAGUUCAUCACGGAGCCGAAGUAUGUGGCCUCCAUUGGGAAGUAUGUGGGUGCCAAGUUCCUUCAGACUUCGGGUUCCUUCGUCUCUGUUUUCAUGCGGCCACAGACUGCCUUGAAGUCCGACCCCGCUGCCACCAUGCCGGUGCACUACAACAUCCCCAAGUCCGAGCUGAACGUAUUCCAAGCAAAGGUCCAUUGUCACAUCGCCGAAUUGAAGGAGCAUCAAGAGGUCAUCCAAGCAUCUCUUCGAGCUCUUCGACAUUUGUUGACUAAGGGCAAGUCUGACAGCGACGUCGUGAACGUGAUGCUGCCAGUGGACUACCAUGCCUUUGCAGAGGUAGAGGGUUCUAUGAUCGAGAUGGAUCAGCCCCUUCUGCCCAUCGCAAGUGGACGCCAUCCGGUGGUGAUCAUUGACACGUCUGCUGCAGUGGCGGAACAUUUGUUCUAUGUCAAGGCGGGUGUGAAGCGAGCGCUCCACGUCCAUCUGGGAAGCAAAGACUCCUUCCAGCUGGUUCGCUUUGGGAGCAAAGGUGAGCCCCGACUGUGGGCCCAAGACAUGAUGGCGCCCAGCGAGCUGGCGCUUCAGAAGGCCGAGGAUUGGAUCGAUCAGCUCGUCCCAGUGGAGCGCGCCAACUUGGUUGAGGCAGUUCGCUUUGCGCUCGCCUUCAAGUCCUGUGAUGAGAUUUACAUCAUCUCCAGUGCCGCCUUUAAACAAAGCGACCAUGAGAAGAUUCUGUCCACGAUUCGCUUCCUCAACAAACGUGAGGCAGCGAUUCACACCAUAGGGCUGGAGGCUGAUGCGCACGCGGAGUUGCUUUUGAGGAAUAUUUCUGAAGGCAACCAUGGCGACUUCACUUUGAAGUCCUUCAACCCCGAAGGUGCUGGACAUGCCAUCCCAGGCCAUGAGAGCAAGUGGACCUCCUGGCGCACCAUGCUGGUGAACGAAAAGACCAAGCAGCUCUCGAACAACUUCAAGCAGCAGACCAUGACCAUCGGCAGCCAGAUCCGAGUCCUCGAGGUCAUGCUACGCGAAGAAGCCAAGUUCGAAGAUGGAUGGCGCCAGGAAUCGACCUGUGCAGAAAGGCUGCUCUCAAAGGUUCAGGAGUGCCCAGAUCGUGAUAUGGUCAAAGAAUUGGAGCGAACCACCACGCACACCAUGUCCGCACGGGUGGGUGGCGGUUUCCUCUACCAUACACGGCAGUUGGAUCUGGGCAUGGAGAAACUCUUCGAGCACAACACUUCCUCGCCUUGGACCGUGCAGAGCGCGAGCAUGGCACAGGGACCAAAGGUGGCUUGCGUGGACGUGGACCCGCGGCUGCCGAAGUUCCCACCCUCCCUCGAUGAGCCGCCCCUGGCGCCGGAAGAGUGCCCUCGAGGAUGGUUUGUACCUCUACCUCCACCUCCGCCGGUGACCGAGAAGGUGCGGGAAGCCUUUGCUCCUGGGCGAGAUGCCUUGAGGGCGUCGCAAGGGCGAAUGUCAAGGAAGUGCAUGAAGGAGGGCGACACACGGACCUGUGAGGCCAACCCUUGGGCACCGCGGGGAGCCAGGGCGCGGAUGGCGAAGAUCCCCAGACAAAGGCGACAAGCGCGCAGCGCGCCGCGCCUGAAACGGUCCUCCGCGAGUCCAUCUAAGACUGUCUCAGCCCGUGUUGGUGGUGGCUUCGUCUACCAGACGCAGGUGCAGGCACCGAGCACCAAGCAGGCUCCGAGCAGGGCUGCGGAGGUCGGACGCCCAAGAGAAGCGCCGCCGGCGCCGAAAGCACCGCCACCGCCGCCAGCUCCACUUGAGAGGCGCUGGUCCUUCUGAUGGCUUUCUGUACAGACACGUCCCAGCAGUCGCGGGCGGCAUCGCUUCAACGAGGAGAGCCCUAAAAGUAGAUGGGGCGGCCGCCGGGCGGUCGCGGUUUUCC